UUUCAGGAAAGUAAAAAGUCAAAACAAGAAGAAGAUGACAGCAAAUUGACGUGCACCUACGGGAAAUGGGGAAGGUUCUUUCUCAAUGUGAAAUGGUUUGUUCUCUGGCUAUGUAUAUUUGGUUUCGUAGAGGGCGCUGCUGUUAAUGGCGUUGUGAAUAUCGCCUUGACGACCCUAGAGAGGCAGUACAAGUUGCCCAGUUCUCAGUCAGCUCUCAUCGUCAGCUCUACCGAUAUCGGCGCUGUCAUUUUCGUCCUUAUCGUCAGUUACUAUGGGGCAAAGGGAAAUAGACCAAAAUGGAUUGCUGCUGGAAGUUUCCUAAUGGCUGUUGGGUCUUUCAUUUUUACCAUUCCACACGUUGCAUCUGGACCAUAUGAGUACAUUUCUACAAGUGGCAACACAUCACAUGUAUGCAGUGCCAGUAAUGUCGACCCAGAAUGCAUCACUCAGUCGGGUUCCAAUUAUCUGUACGUGUUCAUGCUGGCACAGUUUGUUCACGGUAUAGGGUUCACACCCAUGUUCACCUUGGGAACAGCCUAUGUUGAUGACAACGCUCCAAGCACUUCCACGGCUCUUUAUCUCGGUUUGAUUUACGCAAUUACCGCCCUCGGUGUGGCCGCUGGGUAUAUGGGUGGAGGUCUGUUCCUCAACUUGUGGGUAGACAUUGACAAGGCUGAAGUGGACGUGGACAAAAUUAUGAAUGAACUCACCCCGAUGGAUCCGGUCUGGGUUGGAGCGUGGUGGUUGGGGUUUGUAGUAACAGCAGUGGGCUUUCUGUUGGUGUCUUUCCCCCUCUUUGGCUAUCCCAUCAAUCUGCCAGGUACAAAACAUAUUCGUGAUGCUAGGAAGACAGAGGCAGACGUAAAGUAUGAAGAGAAGAAAGCAAAAGAUACACGACCUUUGAGUAAAAAACUGUUGGAUUUUCCAAAAGCCCUAUUAAUCCUCGUAAAAAUUCCGAUGUAUGUGGUACUUAACUUGGGAGGAGCUGCAGAGACCAUCAUCAUUGCAGGACUUGCUGCUUUCGCCCCAAAGAUUCUUGAGGAAAAGUUCAAUAUGUUACCAUCUGAAUCGGGCCUAAUCAUGGGUGGAGUCACGCUGCUGGGAGGAGCAGGAGGUAUGGUCCUUGGAGGAUUGUUAAUUAAGUGUCUGAGACUAGGAAUGCGUGGGAUGAUGAGACUGUGUCUUCUGAUGUCUUUCGUGGGACUUCUGGUAGGAGCAGGCUUCUUCAUAAACUGCGAGGAAACCAGUUUCGCCGGAAUAACAGUGUCAUAUGCUAAAUCUGGAAGUGAAGACAGCAGUGAUGCUCUACAAGGAUUGUGUAUCGCUAACUGUGGCUGUAACAUGAAGCAGUAUGACCCUGUAUGUGGAAAUGACGGCAUCACUUACUUUUCUCCCUGUCACGCGGGCUGCAAUGACAACUACACUGCCGAGGGAACAACAAAGACAUUUCAUGAGUGUUCCUGUGCCAAUGCCAAUCUCUUCAAUGUGUCUUCAGGUGGAAACAAAACUGUGGCCACGUCCGGAGAAUGUUCUACUUCCUGUCCGCUCGUCUAUCUCUUCAUCUUCCUCUUGUUUCUUGGAAUGUUGUGUACUUUGACAACUGUGACACCUGUUUCUAUGGCGAUUUUACGGUGUGUUCCAGAUGAACACAGAGCUCUAGCCCUUGGAAUGCAGUGGGUGGUACUAAGACUUUUAGGUACGAUCCCUGGCCCUGUGCUGACAGGGUACGUCAUAGACACAGCGUGUGGACUUUGGCAAGACCUGUGCGGGGCGCGCGGAUCUUGUGGGGUGUAUGACAGGUAUGAAAUGAGCUGGCGACUAUUUGCUUGGUGGUCCUGCGUCAAAGUCUUCAGCGGAACCAUGUUUAUCCUUGCCAUGAUCUUCUGGAAAGAACCAGAGAAAUCAGAAAAAGUUGAAGCAGAAAAAGAUAAGCCCCCGAGUGACAGUGGGUUUGUAAAUGCUGGUUACACUUCCAAUGAGAAAGGAAACGGAGUGCAAACACAGAAUGGUUCCACUGUAGUGAAUGGGAAACACGACAGAGAUGGAGUAGCGGAAUCUACUUAUAUGUAAAGUGUUCAAUAUAACAACAACAGUGAGUUAGCUGUUAAUCUACUGAGAAAUCUGUCAUAUACUAAUUUUAAUAUCUGUACAUCAUAUGAAGUUGAUCAAUACACACUUGUAUGAAGAAACACAACUUAGCAAAAGA